AUGCCCUUUCCGCCCAGAGCUUCCAUCGCCAUGGCUGCUUCGGCGAUUUGGAAGGAGACGGCCAUGCUCGUUAUCGACAUGCAGGUGAGAGAACCUUAAGAGCGCGUGCUUCUCUUUUCUCUCCUCGUCGUUUUGGCCUUGGACUGACGGCUUGACCUGGACCGCGCUCCCUGUUUUCUGUUCAUCUUGGAUGUUAUCUGGGGUAAUUAUAUGAGAUCCAGUUCCUCACUCGAGUUUUGUUGCAGAAGGACUUCAUUCGCCCCGGGAGUCCGAUGCACGUCCUCGGUGGGGAGGCCAUUGUUCCUUCAGUAAUCAGAGCCGUCUCAGUCGCCAGGGAGCGCGGAAUCCUCCUUGUCUGGGUGAGUUUCUGCUAGUUCUGUUUCUCCGCUUUCGAUGCGAAAAGAUUGAUUAUCUUUUUUGCUGUCCGAUCCAAGCCUUCGAUCUGCGUCUGUUCCAAGUUUCGCGAGUGUCAUUCAUGUUCAUACUUCGAUGAAUACACGAUUCCUUCCGCAGGAUGCAGAUAUUUUAAUUUAUAUUUCCUUUCCGAAUCUGUUUUUUUCUAAUACAGUUUGUUGACUAUGACAUUCUUCCGUGUAAAUCCUUCUCACCAGUGAGUUCCUGAACUGCCUCUGUUUGGAUUUGAUCUGCAUUUGUCUUGCCGAUGGUUCGUCCCAGAAUCAACAGAAGUCAACGCUCUUUAGUUCUCUCUUGAGGGUUUACUGAACUCUGAAACACUUCCCAUAUUUUUCCCUCUAAAUCAUCAUUCCAUCUGACGAAGGGACUGCUGCAUUACGCUUCGUUUGUCUGAUAUAUUCCCAUGAAUUUCCAUCUGGUGGAUUAUAAUAAAUGCUUUCUUCCCCAGAUUAAUAAAAAUAAUUUCUGAUUUUAAUGAUGGAUAGGUGACGCCACCAAAAAAAAAAAAAGGCCCAAAAAUUAGCCAUCGAUGGCAAAUAAUCCCCAGCUAAUGAUCAUGCUCGAUCUAAGUGAUUUUUUAAUGAUCGAUUUAUCAGAAAAAUGAUCCGUUUUUUUUAUGAGCGAAUUAUCUUUGUACUUUUGAAUGAUAGUUGCUUCCGCCAUUUCUUCUCUUUAUUGCUGUCAUAUGAUGCGAGGGGAAACGGCCAUGGGAUACUGCAGGUUGUGCGGGAGCACGAUCCUCGUGGAAGAGACGUGGAGCUCUUUCGCAGGCACCUGUAUGUCAACGGUACCGGGCCCACCGCCAAGGGCUCCGAGGGUGCAGAACUUGUUGACGGGCUGGUGAUCAAAGAAGGAGACUACAAGUUGACCAAGACCCGCUUCAGCGCGUUCUUCGCGACCCACCUGCAUUCCCUUCUUCGGGGCUCUGGGAUCUCAAGAUUGGUCGUUGUUGGUGAGAAAUCGUGCUGGGCUUGUCUGAGUGAAGAAUUUUUAUAUCAGGAAAUGGUUGACUUUUUAUUUGCCGUUUUGGGUUAUUUAAUGGUUCGAUUAUUUAGGUGUCCAAACGCCAAACUGCAUCAGGCAGACGGUCUUCGAUGCAGUUGCUCUGGAUUACCAGCAGGUGACUGUGAUUUCCGAUGCAACGGCUGCUGCAACCCCUGAGGUCCACUCUGGUAGGUCCACUCUGCAGUUCAUUUCACGAAACGUUGACUGGAUCAACGGUUGUGUGGAGCUGAAUGGGAUGGAUGAUGCUGACGUCAUGAUUGAUUCUUGACCCAGCGAACAUUGUGGACAUGAAGAACGUGGGAGUGGCGGCGUUGACCCUGGAGGACUGGUGCGGAGCCCACGUGUGA